UCAAAGCCGUUCACAACCUGCGUGAUAGUGUCUAUAAUGGCGUCCAGACGACGUCCCGCUGACAGCGUGAAAACAGACAAGAAGAAGAAGAAGACGACGACGACGAGUGAGGAAACCGCUGAACUCUGUUCACUUGUAGGCGACGAGCAGGUGAAGAAGAGUGUGCAGGAGGCGUGGAGCCAGAGGACUGCUCACAGACAGGGAGAUCUGGAGUUGGACUGCCACCCUUUCCCUCACUGCAUCAUCAAGAACUUCCUCGGCAGCGAGACAUUCGUGAAGAACUUGCAGAGAGAACUGAUGGAGCUCAACUUCCAUGAGAAGUCAAAUGAUCUGUACAAAUUCAAACAGUCAGACGACUUGAAGAAGAGAACAGAGCCACAUAUCUCGGGACUGAGGGCAGCACUGUUUGGGCGUUUCCGCUCUUGGCUUGGGGAGGUGUUGCAGGUUGCACUGGAGCCCGUGGUGGAUAUCUCUUGUGCCAAAUAUGAAUACACAGAUGUUCUUCUGUGUCACGAUGAUGAAUUGGAGGGGAGGCGCGUUGCUUUCAUCCUGUAUCUCGUGCCUCCGUGGCAGAGCAGCGACGGAGGAACCCUCGAUCUUUACACAACAGACAGUAAUUUCCACCCACAGAGUAUAGUGAAGUCGCUCGUACCCUCUUUGAACACGCUCGUCCUCUUUGAAGUUUCUCCAGUCUCCUUCCACCAAGUGUCAGAAGUUUUGACGCGGGCCAAGUGCCGUUUGUCUCUUAGCGGUUGGUUUCACGGGCCGUCAUUGGAGCGCCCUCCUCGCCACAGAGGGCCCCCUAUCCCACGGAGCCCACACUUACCAAGAGAUGAAACAUUGCUGCUGGAGUGGGUCAAUCCAGUGUACUUGGACAUAUCUUACCAAGAGCAGAUCCAGGAGGAAUUUGAGGACAGCUCGGAAAUCCAGCUCAAAGAUUUUCUCAAGGAGGAAAAGUUCAAGGAGGUGAAAGAAGCACUGCACCUCGCUCAGAUUCAGUGGACAAAGAGAGGACCACCUAAUAAGAGAUGCUAUGAAGCGGCCUCUAUGAACACUUUACCUCAGUGUGUGAGUGCGUGUUGGGAGCUGCUCAGUUCAGAGGCAUUCUUCCUGCUUCUCUCCAACUUCACCGGCCUUCGAUUGCACUACCUGUGUCCUGCCGAUGAUGAUGAUGAGAAUAAAGAUGAAGAGAAAAAAGAUGAAGAGAAGAAGGAUGUACGGGACGCUGAAGCCACAGGGUCUUCGACCAAAUCACCAUCAGCAAAUGCGAGCGGAGAGAAAGAGCUGAGCACACCCAUGUGUUGUGGGGAACUACGUCGAUGGUCUUAUGGCGGCUACACUCUGUUGCAUGAUACAGAAGCAUCACGUGCAGAGUACGCUCUGGACCUUGUUUUACCUUUUUGUGGAGCAGACUGGCAGUCAGAGUUCGGGGGCUUCACUUGUUAUGUUGCUAAUGAAGAGGAUGAGGAGCUGCUGACAGUGUAUCCAGAGGAUAAUUCCCUCGCCCUCGUCUACAGAGACAAAGAAACCCUCAAAUUUGUCAAACAUGUCAACCACAAAAGCUUGUCUGAUUCUGACAACAGUUUUACCUGCAGAUCCUUUUUUGACUUCUCAUUUGUGUACUAUGAAUAAAUAUAUGUCUGUCCA